GCCAAUGGCAACGCUCCUUACUGAAGAGGUGACGACACUGUUCAGCACCAGACGUCCUCCAAGCACCGCGUCACUAUUUUCACCAUGUGGAGCCAAAUUCAAGAAGCAGCAGCAGUCGCAGGUCGUGCUCGCUCUCUUCUCUGCUCUUCAUCUCUCUCCCCUGGAAGGAUGACACCCACAAAUUUGACGAAGCAGCGAAGCUCUCAGUCUGGCUGGUGGCUCCUCACCGACACCCCACAUGAAUGCGCGUACCGGACCAGGAGGUGCCGUAUUUAAGGAAAAGGAAUUAGUGCUACAACCAUCAGUUCUCCCGAACAGCGCCUCUCCUUUGAGAUUCUUUCUUAAAAACCAAAUCGUGUAUCUCUGGACACAUGUCACAGGUAGAGCAGGAGAUCUCACUUGUACAAAGAAAGAUGUCUGACCUGGAGUUAGUCCUGCAGCAGAAGGACAACGAGUUAAAGGCCUCAGAAAGUCAAAGGACGAUCCUAGAACAGGACCUGGCAACCUACAUCUCAGAAUGCAGUAGUCUAAAGCGUAGCUUGGAACAAGCUCGUAUGGAAGUGACACAAGAGGAUGACAAAGCUUUACAGCUCCUCCACGACAUCCGAGAGCAAAGUAACAAGCUUCAGGAAAUCAAAGAGCAGGAAUAUCAUGCCCAAGUGGAAGAGAUGCGAGUUUCCAUCCGUCAACUGGAGGAGGACCUAUCUGCUGCUCGGCGUCGUAGCGACUUGUAUGAAGCCGAACUGAAGGAGUCUCGGCAGAACAGUGAAGAAUUGAAGAGGAGCUACCAGCAUAGAUUGCAGAAGGCUAAAGAGCAAGGCAAAGCAGAGGCAGAUGAGCAGUUCACCAAACUCGACAAGACCAAUGCUGAGCAGCAGACAAAGAUCCAAGAUCUUCAGGAGAAGCUUACUAAGACAUUAAAAUCCAGUGCUGAAGCUACAGACCAUCUCCAAAGCAUGAAGUUGGUCAAAGAACGCCUGGAACGAGAUCUAGAGAGGCUACAGAACAAGGAAGACUCCAGUGACAGUCUACGCAGACGCCUUCGUGAGACUGAGGAUGGUAGGAAGACUCUAGAGAACCAGGUGAAAAGGCUCGAGAUCGUUGAGCGCCGUGAGACUAAAAUGAAGGACGACAUCCAAAGCAAAGGCCAGCAAAUUCAGCAGAUGGCGGAUAAAAUCAUGGAACUUGAGGAAUGUCUGCGAGAGUCACAAGCCACAGCACAGCGACUGGAUACACAUCUCAAGCAGAAGGAGAAGCUCUAUGAAGAUAAGAUUAAGGUGUUGGAAUCUCAGAUGAAGGCGGACAUGGCUGAUAAAGAAAUGCUGGAGUCCAGUCAGAGUAAAUAUGAGGAGGAGGUGCGGGAGAAGUGCAGCAUCAUCAGUGAACAGAAGGCGACCAUAAAUGCAAUGGAUUCUAAGAUGAACAGCCUGGAGCAGAGAAUUGCUGAGCUGUCUGAGGCCAACAAACUGGCAGCCAACAGCAGCAUCUACACCCAGAAGAACAUGAAAGCCCAGGAAGAGAUGAUCUCAGAGCUCCGUCAGCAAAAAUUCUACCUGGAGUCUCAGGCCGGGAAGUUGGAGGCGCAGAAUGCCAAACUGGAGGAGCAUCUAGAAAAAACAAGUCAACAAGAGCAAAGCCAUAAGAGUCGGCUGCUGGAGCUGGAAACAAGGCUCAGAGAGAUUGGACUGGAGCAUGAGGAGCAGAAGCUGGAGAUCAAGCGGCAGGUGACCGAGCUGACCCUGUCACUGCAGGAGCGUGAAGCUCAGAUCAAUAACCUGCAGGCCUCUCGCCGCGCGUUGGAGAGCCAACUGCAGCUGGCCAAGACGGAGCUGGAAGAGACCACUGCUGAGGCUGAGGAGGAGAUCACUGUGCUCAGAGCACACAGAGACGAGAUACAAAGAAAAUAUGAUGCUUUAAGAGAUGGCUGUGCAGUGAUCACUGACCUGGAGGAGCAGCUGACCUCACUGACCCAGGAGAAUGCCGAGCUGAACCGCCAGAACUUCUACCUGUCCAAGCAGCUGGAUGAAGCUUCCGACGAGAGAGAGGAUCGCCUGCAGCUCAGCCAGGACGUGGACCAGCUGCGUCGGGAGGUGGCUGACCGCGAGAUGCACCUAAACAACCAAAAACAGAACCUUGGGACACUAAAGACCACAUGCACCAUGUUGGAGGAGCAAGUUGUGGAACUGGAAAGCUUAAAUGAUGAGCUGCUGGAGAAGGAGAGGCAGUGGGACGCCUGGAGGGCAACACUAGAAGAGGAGAAGAACCAGGCUGAAAGGAGGACCAGGGAUGUCCAAAGAAUGUUGGAUACAGAGAAACAGAGCAGGCUCCGUGCAGAGCAGCGCAGCUCGGAGUCUCGCCAGGCUGUGGACCAGGCAGUUAAGGAGCACAAAGCGGAGAUCCUGGCACUCCAGCAGAUCCUCAAAGACCAGAAACUCAAAGCUGAGAGUCUCGCAGAGACUCUGAAUGAUUUGGAGAAGAAGCAUGCAAUACUGGAGAUGAAUGCUCGCACUUUGCAGCAAAAGCUGGAGAGUGAGAGAGAUCUGAAACAGCGGCUGUUGGAUGAGCAAGAGAAGGUGCAGCAGCAGAUGGAUGCUCAGAAGGCACACAUUUUUCGACUGACCCAGGGACUACAGGACGCCCUGGACCAGACUGACUUACUAAAAACUGAAAGAACUGACCUGGAAUAUCAGCUGGAGAACAUCCAGCUCCACCUGCAGGCUGUAUACUCCCAUGAGAAGGUGAAAAUGGAGGGCACUAUCACCCAGCAGACCAAGCUCAUAGACUUCCUCCAGACCCAGGCCCAUGGUGGUUCAAAGAAGAAAAAGGGUCUUUUUGGACGUCGGCGUGAGGACCUGUUGACUGCCAUAGCUGCUCAAGCCCAGGUCCAGGGACAGAGUCCGGGUCAAGUCUCCCCUGUGCCCACCAUCCAGCCAGUCCCCCUGCAGUACAGUGACAUGAAGGUGGCACUGGACAAAGAACGAAUUCGCUGCACUGAGCUUGAAGAUGCUCUUCAGAAAAUGAGAGCAGAAUUGCGAUCGUUAAAAGAAGAAGCGCUCCAGUACAAAGAUUAUAGCAACGCCACCACGCCAGCCACAGCACGACAACAGAUGUUGAUAUCUGCCAUGGUGAAGUCUCCUGAGCACCAGCAGGUUCCAGCCAACCUGGCACCGUCCAACUCCGGGCGCAGGAAGGAGGCUGCGACGCCUGAAGAGAGAAGGAGGGUCACUUUUGAAAAGUAUGGCCGGCGAAUGAAGGACAGUCAGAGGGAUAGAGAGAGGUCGCACCACCACACUCCUCACCGCUUUACUGUGGGACUCAACAUGCGAGCGGCCAAGUGUACCGUGUGCUUGGAUACCGUGCACUUUGGUCGCCAAGCCGCCACCUGUCUCGAAUGCCACGCUCUGUGCCAUCCAAAAUGCUCCCCCAGCCUUCCAGCGACAUGUGGAAUGUCGAGUGACUGCUCUCUGCAUCUGUCUGAGGGCUCGUCUCGGGAGAAAGGCAGUUCUUCAGGUCAGCAGCUGAAAGACGCCAGUGGACACAUGCACCUGGAGGGCUGGAUGAAGCAGCCCAGGAAUGGAAAGCGCGGCCAAGGCUGGGAACGGAGAUACGUGGUCCUUGAUGGAACUAAAGUGUCCGUCUACGAGACAGAACCCAGAGAAGAUGCAGUGAAGCCACUGGAGGAGUUUGACCUCUGCCUGUCUGACGGAGAGGUGGAGGUUCACGGAGCGGUGGGGGCCACUGAGCUACCCAACACGGCCAAGUCAGAUGUUCCGUAUGUCCUGAAGCUAGAGUCUCGUUGUCAUGCCCCUUGCUGGCCUGGACAGUCCAUUUACUUCAUGGCUCCCAGUUUCCCAGACAAGCAGCGCUGGGUGGCUGUCAUGGAAUCUGUGGUGGUCGGGGGGCGAGCUUCUCGAGAGAAAGCUGAGGCUGAUGCAAAACUUCUUGGAAACUCUCUCCUGAAACUGGAAGGAGACGACCGCCUCGAUAUCAACUGCACGCUUCCACUUACAGAUCAGAUAGUUCUGGUGGGCUCGGAAGAGGGGCUGUAUGCCUUAAAUGUGAUCAAAAACUCCCUGACUCAUAUCCCUGGUUUGGGAUCAGUCUUUCAGAUCCACAUCAUCAAGGAGCUUGAAAAAUUGCUGAUGAUUGUUGGGGACGAGAGGGCCUUAUGCUUGCUGGAGAUCAAGAGAGUCAAACAGUCUUUGGCCCAAUGCCACAUGCCCACUCAGUCCGAGCUGGCUGCGUACAUCUUCGAGACGGUGAAAGGAUGCCAUUUGUUUGCUGCUGGCAGAAUUGACAACGGGUCCUGUAUCUGUGCUGCAAUGCCAAAUAAGAUCACUAUUCUACGCUACAAUGACAAUCUCAGCAAAUACUGCAUUCGCAAGGAGAUUGAAACCCUGGAGCCCUGCAGCUGCAUCCACCUGACCAGCUACAGCAUCAUCAUUGGAACCAACAAGUUUUACGAGAUCGAGAUGAAGCAGUUUGUACUUGAGGAGUUCUUGGACAAGAACGACAUGUCGCUGGCUUCAGCGGUAUUUGCCGCCUCGUCUCACACUUUCCCUAUCGCCAUCAUGCAGGUGGCCAGCAGCAUGCACAAGGAGGAGUACCUGCUAUGUUUUCAUGAGUUUGGAGUGUUUGUGGACACGUACGGGCGAAGGAGCCGCACCGAGGACAUCAAGUGGAGUCACCUGCCUUUGUCCUUUGCCUACAGAGAGCCCUAUUUGUUUGUCACCUACUUCAACUCACUGGAUGUCAUUGAGGUUCAGGGACACUCUGCUUUGGGUCCUUCAGUGUUGGCCCACCUGGACAUCCCCAGCCCCCGCUAUCUGGGCCCAGCCAUCUCCUCCGGGGCCAUUUAUCUGGCCUCGUCCUACCAGAACAAGCUGCGGGUCAUCUGCUGUAAGGGAAGUCUGAUCAGGGAGUCUGGAGAGCUGCAGAGGACCGGCUCCAACAGAGGGAGUCCCACUAAGCGAGGCCCUCCCACCUACACAGAGCACAUCACAAAGCGCUUGACCUCGGGGCCCGGCAGCCAUGAUGGUCUGCAUCGAGAGCCCAGCACCCCUCACCGCUACCGCGAGGGACGCACCGAGUUCAGACGGGACAAGUCUCCGGCCCGCCCCUUGGACAGAGAGAAGUCGCCCGGCAGAGUGCUGGACAGCCGCAGAGAGAGAUCUCCUGGGAGGUUUGGGGACAGCAAUCGACUCCAUGCUGGUUCUGUGCGGACGCAGCUGGCACCAGUAAACAAGGUGUGGGAUCAGUCAUCAGUGUGAGAGGUUGCUCCUCGUGAAAAGGCCAGUAGUGACUUAUUGCUCGACCGUCGGCCAUCUUGCCUGACACGGUGCGACAUCCUCAUUCGACCACACCGACCCGACACGUGCUUCUGGGGGGCAAUGCGAGUCUUAACGCUAGAUGGGAAUAAAUGUACAUAACGCAGCCAAAAGUUUUUAUAAAGGGAAAAAGUCGGCCAGCAAAGCCAUGUCUAUUUUUUUUAGACUUUCUAAACAUGUUGCAGGAAGACUAGACGUUUUGAAAAUGACGAGAUUGCAUUUACGGCCACGAGGGAGGCGACACUUUGCACAUGAAGUUGGACGUGAACAGGAUGUUUUUUCUUUGCUGAAUCUCCUUUCUAUCAAGUCGUUUUUGCUUCUGGUUUGAUUGACAGCUGUUAUCUUUGUAGAAGACUUCUAACAACGUUGUUGUUUCUAGAGUGCAGCUUGCUCCGAUUAGUGCGCUGCUGCUGCUUCUUCUGAUACACGCGUCCUGUGUCUGUGCUGUGAGGUCAAGUCCAGUAGAUGUCAAAGGUCAGUUCCAGUGUCGUUUCUUUCUAGACCGCCUCCAGCCGUCACAUCAGCCAGCAUGACGCUUUUUGGGUCUUGAUUCUUUCUCUUGGUCGUUAUUUUCCGUCGCUGAAGGUUUGCAUUCAAUAAAAGGUUCAUGUUAACCUUAAAAAAAUGUUUGUUAUUUUUGUAGACGGGAGAAACCGGAGUGUGGUCCUGCAAGUCUUUUCAGUUCUGGUAGCAGGAUUCCAGUGGUUCUUUAUUGGCAGAACAAAAGAAGGACAACAACGAGCAAAGAAUCGACAGGAAAAAUCAGGCAAGAGAAAAAAUAAUGGGAUAAACUAGUAAAGUUGUACCUGCAUUUUUGUUUCUACACUGCAAAAAGUCAGUGUUCAAAAACAAGGAAAAAAAUAAUAAAAAUUAGGGGUAUUUUACUUGAAUUAAGCAAA